AUGUCUAUAAACGCCACUGAUCGACUGUCUGAUGCCCAUCUCUCGGGCCAGAGCAAUGAGCCUAUGAGCAGGCCUGCCCAUGCGCUCACCUUCAAACAAGUCGUCGACGAGCUCGGCGCGAACACCGGUAAUGGUCUGACCGAGGCAGAGGCCAACAUGCGUCUUGAGAAGUACGGCAAGAAUGAUCUCGGUGAAGCUGAAGGGACCCAGCUCAUCAAGAUUAUCAUCGCACAGAUCGCAAAUGCUAUGACCAUGGUGCUGAUUCUCGCCAUGGCUGUCUCCUAUGGAAUCAAGUCCUACAUUGAGGGUGGCGUCAUCACAUUUGUCAUUCUACUCAACGUCGUAGUAGGUUUCUUCCAGGAAUACUCGGCUGAGAAGACGAUGGAUUCUCUGCGCUCUCUCUCGUCUCCAACCGCAACCGUUGUCCGGGAUGGUAAUUCCAAGAUUGUGCCCUCCGACCAGAUUGUUCCUGGCGACCUAGUCGACGUCAAGACCGGCGAUACCAUUCCCGCUGACAUUCGACUGAUCGAAGCAGUCAACUUUGAGACUGACGAAGCCCUCCUGACAGGCGAGUCCCUGCCAGUUCGUAAGAAUGAGGAUGCCAUUUUUGACGAUGCCGCUGGCCCUGGUGACCGUCUGAACAUUGCCUAUAGCUCCUCCACCGUCACAAAGGGCCGUGCUAAGGGAGUGGUCUUCGCAACCGGUGCCUCUACAGAGAUUGGUGCCAUCGCCUCUGCCCUUCAGAACCAUGACAGCAAGAUCCGUCCCGUUAAGCGCAAGGCUGAUGGUUCCGCCAAGCCUCACAGAUACCUUGAGGCCUAUACGCUGACCUUGACCGACGCCAUUGGACGUUUCCUUGGUGUCAAUGUCGGUACACCGCUUCAGAAGAAGCUUUCUAAGCUCGCAAUCCUCCUGUUUGGUGUUGCCGUCGUCUGUGCCAUCAUCGUACUCGCCGCCAACAAGUUCGACUCCAGCCAGGAAGUUAUCAUCUAUGCCGUCGCCACAGGCUUGUCCAUGAUUCCAGCGAGCUUGGUUGUUGUCUUAACUAUCACUAUGGCUGCGGGUACGAAGCGAAUGGUUCAGCGGAACGUCAUUGUUCGAAAUCUGAAGUCUCUUGAGGCCUUGGGCGCUGUCACCGACAUCUGCUCUGACAAGACCGGCACCCUAACCCAGGGUAAGAUGGUUGCUCGAGGUGCAUGGAUGCCUGGUAAGGGAACCUACACCAUUGAGAACUCGUCAUCGCCAUUUGACCCAACCGCUGGUGAUAUCCGUUAUGACCCACGCAAGCCCCGUGAGAUCAACCUCAACCAACGUGGUGACGCCUGCGGCAUCGUCUCUACUGCCGAAGAGCUCCUCUCCCAAAGCAAUACCGCCCUUACCGACUUCCUGCACGUUGCAUCUCUUGCUAAUCUCGCGACUGUCGUCCAAAAGGAUGGUGAAUGGCACGGCCGAGGUGACCCCACUGAGAUUGCCAUCCAGGUUUUUGCUUCUCGAUUUGGCUGGAAUCGCCUACGCUUAGUCAGUCAUGAUGAGCACAACCAGUACAGUGAGGUUGCUGAGCUGCCUUUCGACUCCGAUGUGAAGCGUAUGUCUGUCAUCAUGAAGGACAAUCGCUCCGGUAAGCUAUUCGCCUUCACUAAGGGCGCGGUGGAGCGUGUUAUUGACGCGUGCACCACCUACUACACCAACGAUUCGCAUGAUGUUGUUCCUCUGAGUGAGGAAUUCCAGCAGGAGAUUCUUCGAAAUAUGGAGAGUUUCGCUGGCAUGGGGCUUCGCGUCCUGGCUCUAGCGUCCAAGCCCUACCAUCUCAAACUGAAAAAAGGAGACGAGAUUAAACGUGCUUCUGUCGAGUGUGACCUUGUUUUCCGGGGCCUGAUCGGUCUCUACGACCCUCCCCGCCCUGAGUCUGGCCCUGCCGUGCAAGAAUGCCACAAGGCCGGCAUAACAGUUCAUAUGUUGACUGGUGAUCACCCUGAAACCGCCAAGGCCAUUGCUAUUGAGGUUGGCAUCCUGCCCUCACGGAUGGAUAUGGUCUCCCUAGGUGUCGCAAGAGCCAUGGUCAUGACGGCUGCCCAAUUUGAUGCCCUCUCGGAUGACCAAGUCGACCAACUGCCCGUCCUGCCGCUGGUUAUAGCUCGAUGCGCGCCAAACACAAAGGUCCGGAUGGUCGAGGCCCUUCAUCGCCGCAAGAAGUUCUGCGCUAUGACUGGCGAUGGUGUCAAUGACUCUCCUUCGCUUCGCCGUGCAGAUAUUGGUAUUGCAAUGGGCCAGUCUGGCUCUGACGUUGCCAAGGAUGCUUCCGAUAUUGUUCUCGCUGAUGACAACUUUGCCUCUAUCGUUGCGGCUAUUGAAGAAGGUCGCCGCAUCUUCGACAACAUCCAGAAGUUCGUCCUCCACGUUUUGGCCGAGAAUAUCGCCCAAGCUAGCACCCUCCUUGUCGGCCUAGCCUUCAAGGAUGGUUCAGGUCUCUCAGUCUUUCCACUGACCCCUGUGGAAAUUGUGUGGAUCAUCAUGGCUACUUCGGGUUUGCCCGACAUGGGGCUGGGCUUCGAGCGCGCGGUGCCAGACAUUCUUCGCCGACCUCCCCAAUCCCUACGGACCGGCAUCUUCACGCUCGAAUUCUUCAUUGACAUGGUUGUUUACGGUCUCUGGAUUGCGGCGCUCUGCCUCAGUUCUUUCGUACUCCGUGUCUAUGCGUGGGGCAAUGGUGAGCUUGGUCAUGGCUGUAACGAUGGUUACAAUGAUAGCUGCGAGACGGUUUUCCGCGCGCGUGCAACCACGUUUGCCUGCCUUACCUGGUUUGCCCUCUUUUUGGCUUGGGAGAUGGUUGAUAAACGGCGAUCCUUCUUCCGCAUGCAGCCCGACUCUAAGAGGUACUUUACGCAGUGGAUCCACGAUAUCUGGCGCAACCGGUUCUUUUUCUGGGCUGUCAUACUCGGUUUUGUGACACUCUUUCCUGUGCUCUAUAUCCCUGUCAUUAAUACUAAGGUCUUUAAACACAAGGGCAUUAGUUGGGAAUGGGGCAUUGUGUUUAUAGCUACUGGACUGUUCUUUGCGGGGGUUGAGAUAUGGAAGUGGUGCAAACGUCUCUUCUACCGCCGACAGGCGCGCAAGCAGCACGAAGUCGGCCAGAAGGAUAUGGACAUCGAGCAGCGCAUUUUUGGUGCGUACUUAGGCUUGUCGUUUGCCGGCGACCGCAGCUCGCGCAAUGAUGCGGAAAUACCCCGUCCGCAGAAGCAGCCACGUCAAUGA